CCGUACAGAGAGAAUGGAUGUUAGUAUAGAUCAGCAGUAUAACUACACUCUGCCAUUGCACUGAAGUAUGGGGUGCACCUCUGCUAAAACUGUUGCCCCAGAGGAAUCCUCAACCAAAUCAGAAAAAGUGAUUCGAUCAGCCAUUUUGAUACAGAAAUGGUAUCGCCGCUAUAUGGCACGCCUGGAGAUGCGGCGACGAUGCACUUGGAAUAUAUUUCAGUCCAUUGAGUAUUCAGGGGAACAGAACCAGCUCAAGUUGUACAACUUUUUCGCAGACAUGUUGAAACAGAUGAAGCCAGAUAGGACCGGUCAGCCGAAAAUAUUGCGGGCUUUGUCAGACAAUAACAGGCGUCCAAUUAACUGUGAUGUUAGAACAUUGGAAGCCGAAGAUGCUGGCCUCCUCCUGCUCAGUAACCCCAAUGAUAUUGAGGUCGGGUCCCAUUACAACGGAAUGCACCUUACAUUUCCCCUCAACCAAUCACAACUCCAGGACCUUAUACAGUCUUUCAAAACAAAAAAGCUUUUACACGCCAAGUACCUGUUACAACUUCUUCACGAAACCCGAACAUUGCUCAAACAGAAGAGUAACAUCAACCGCGCGACAAUCUCCAUCUCCAAACAGAUUACUGUGUGUGGUGACCUUCACGGCAAACUGGACGACCUUUACAUGGUCUUCCACAAGAACGGCCUGCCUUCGGUUGACAAUCCUUACAUCUUCAAUGGCGACUUUGUGGACAGGGGCACUAACUCUGUUGAGAUAUCUGUGAUACUUUUUGCGUGUUUUUUGUUGAAUCCUAACGAGGUUUAUAUAAACCGAGGUAAUCAUGAGGACCACAUCAUGAACAUACGGUAUGGGUUCGUGAAAGAAGUCAACAAGAAAUACUCAGUCUAUGCCAAUGGCAUCCUCCGACUUUUUGAAGACCUGUUUAGUUGGUUGCCCCUGGCGACCAUUAUUGAUGACAAGGUGCUGGUGGUCCAUGGUGGUCUCUCCGACACCAUAGACCUGGACCUCAUCUCCCAGUUAGACAGACACAAGUUUCUGUCCACGCUACAUCCGUCUCGAAGCUUUGAUGAUGAAAAUGUAACAGAAGUGGAAUUAAUGGAAUGGAAACAGGUUCUCGAUCUUCUGUGGAGUGAUCCGAGAGUGCAAGACGGGUGCCUCCCUAACACGUUCCGGGGAGGAGGAAGUUACUUUGGGCCGGAUGUCACCACAAUGAUAUUAGACAAGUAUAAUUUACAACGACUCAUUCGUUCUCAUGAAUGUAAAGUGGAGGGAUAUGAGUACACCCACAAUGAUAAGGUUCUCACGAUAUUCUCGGCCUCUAACUACUAUGAGGUUGGCAGCAACAAAGGUGCUUACCUCAAACUGACCGGUCCGGACUUAUCUUGUCACAUUGUCCAGUAUAUGGUUAACAAACACUCCACCAAACGCAAAAUCACCUUCACCAAAAGGAUUAGCCAGGUGGAAAAAAUUGCCAUGAGGGAUCUCAAGAGGAAGAUCCUUGGCUGUCAGUCGGAGCUGAUCACCCACUUUAAGUCAUGUGACCCAGAAAACACAGGUACGAUCUCUGUGAUUGAGUGGUGUAAUGUGCUGGAGGGGGUCAUGGAGAUGGAACUGCCCUGGAGGACGAUGCGACCUCACCUGGCAAAGUGUGACCCUAGCGGUGCUGUACUCUACAACACAUCAUUCAGUGACAUGAAGCUCUAUCAUGGCAGUACUGAGAGUGGACACAGCAUCACAGAGCUCCUGUACAGAAACAAGGAUAGCCUGGAGACCAUCUUCAGGAUCUUUGACAAAGACAAUUCAGGUACAAUUUCCAUGGAGGAGUUUGAGGAAGCCCUCAGUGUGAUGAUUAAUACCCAGGAUAUAUCCAUAUCACACGACCAAAUCAUAGACAUUGCACAUAGCCUGGACUUAAACAAGGACGGUUUCAUUGACUUUAAUGAGUUUUUAGAAGCUUUCCGGAUUGUUGACCCAUACGGGAAGGAUGAAUCUAAGUGUAUGAUGUCUGGUGACUCUGAGACCGAUUCUGUAGGAAGUGAUGAAAGUGAACGUAAUACACCAAGCAGGAAGGUUGAUGAACUCAAAACACGGAAAAUAUCUAAACUCUGUGACAUUCAGGAAUCUGAGAUAUCAGAGGCAUAAUAUCAGUGACAUCUGCCACGUG